GAUAGAGUCCGGCCAUGCUUGACCUCGGCAGCCAAGACAGAGCGCCGAUCCAACGACGACGCGCAUAAGACAUGGCCAGCAUCUUUACAAGUCCGACCUUGAUUUCUCAUCUCGUGCGUUUGGGCGUAUUGCGAAUAUGGCAGGCAAGAUUACGUGCUAUCUAGAUUGCGUAUCUCCAUACUCAUACUACGCUUUACUGCACCUGGAGAGGAACAGACAGACUCUCGAAGCGCACAAUGUAGAGAUCGACAUAGUGCCCGUCUUUUUAGGGGGUAUCAAUGUCGGCAGCGGCAACAAGCCGCCGUGGACCCUGCCAGCAAAGGCGAACUACAGCCAGUAUGAUGGGGCGCGAGCGAAACACCAUUUUGGUGUUCCUAAUGUCCAGACACCAUCUUUCUUUCCGAUUCUCUCAUUACUACCACAGCGGGCGUUAUGCUACGUGAAGGAAGCACAUGGAGAGCACUUCGUCGCUAUCUUCCGUGACAUCUACCAUGCGAUGUGGGAAAACGGCAAGGAUGUCAGCAAGCCGGAAGUCCUUGCGGAAGUUUUACAGCAGCGUCUAAAAGAAGACGAAGCCCGGGAAGUCAUGGCGAAAGCAAACAGCCCGCCAUAUAAGCAGCAGCUGAACGACAAUACCAAGGAAGCCCUUGAUCGGGGUGCCUUUGGCUGCCCAUGGUUCCUUGUGCGCAACUCGAAAGGGGAAGAAGAACCGUUCUUUGGUAGUGAUAGGUUCCAUUACAUGUGGGAGUACUUGGGGUUGCCGUGGAAGGAUGUUCAGCUGUUGCCGCCGGCUAACGCAAAGGCGAAGAUCUGACCGAGAAGAUUUCGGGAGGCUGAUAGGUAUCCAAGUGCGUGAGGGAUUGUAUGCCAUAGAACUAGCGCGGAGGUGAAGGGCAGAUUGCGUAGUACGUGCGUCUAGACAACUCUGCGUGUCAGUGCAAAUGAGUUCCAACACGUCAGACUUUUCACCUCUUGCUCAAUGUUUCAGA